GCGGCGGGCGGAAUGCAGCGGCCGGAGGCCUGGCCACGUCUGCACCCGGGGGAGGGGGCCGCGGCGGCCCAGGCCGGGGGCCCGGCGCCGCCCGCUCGAGCCGGGGAGCCGGCGGGGCUGCGGUUGCAGGAACCUUCCCUCUACACCAUCAAGGCUGUUUUCAUCCUAGAUAAUGACGGACACCGCCUCCUGGCCAAGUAUUAUGAUGAGACAUUCCCCUCCUUGAAGGAGCAGAUGGCCUUCGAGAAAAAUGUCUUCAACAAGACCAGCCGGACUGACAGUGAGAUUGCAUUUUUCGGGGGCAUGACAAUCAUCUACAAGAGCAGCAUUGACCUCUUCCUGUAUGUGGUGGGCUCCUCCCACGAGAAUGAGCUGAUGCUCAUGUCUGUUCUCACCUGCCUGUUUGAGUCCCUGAGCCAUGUGUUAAGGAAGAAUGUGGAGAAGCGCUGGUUGCUGGAGAACAUGGAUGGAGCCUUCCUGGUACUGGACGAGAUUGUGGACGGCGGCGUGAUUCUGGAGAGUGACCCUCAGCAAGUGAUCCAGAAAGUGAAUUUUAGGGCCGAUGACAGCAGCCUGACCGAACAGAGUGUGGCCCAGGUUCUUCAGUCUGCCAAGGAACAAAUUAAAUGGUCGUUACUGAAAUGAAGGCUGUGCAUUCAGGGCUCCCUGCCCCCAGAGCAUUUCCCCAAUCCUGGCAAAAGCUCAAAGACCCCAGGGAACAGGAGAGACCCCUCUGUAUCCCUAAGCCCUCCCAGAACUGACUCCUGAGGUAUCUGGCCAGGGACUCUGAGAUGCAAAGAUUUGGCUUCAGCACUGACUCACCCCUUCUCACUGCCCUGGCCUGCCCCUUGGGCCAUGAGAACCAGGGGAGCUGCCUUAACUCAGACCUUAGGCAUCCCUGGCCCCAGAACCCUAAUAAACCUGCUUUGUCUCCUG